AUGAAUUGCACCACCAACAACAGCAACGCUACCGGUCAAAGCUCUAACAACAGUCUUGGCACCAGCAUUAAUUCCAGUAACUCUACCUCUUAUAGAUUCCAGACAUGUCUUGCCGACCAGAUCAUUUCUGAGGCGCAGACGUGGUCGCUUUCGUCCCUGUUCAACUUCUCGUGGGUCGUGUCCUACUUCGUCAUGGGCACGUCCCGUAUGGUCUUCAAGUAUGGUUGGUACCUGGCAACUUUAUCGCUUUUAAGGAUUCCGAAGUGGAUCUUCUUCAAGUUACACCAUAUCCAUUUCACGCUUUCCUUUUGGCUGAUCCUGUUUGGCCUGGCCGUCAUUGUGUUUGUGACGUACACCAUCAUGAAGGAGAGAAUCCUUUCUCAGUACAAGAGAUUGACCCCGGAGUUCUUGCCGCUGGAAAAUCUAGGUAAAUCGGGCACCAGCGCCAACGCCAGCAUGACAGCAUCUUCCACUCAGUCGGCCGACCCGUCGUGUGCCACAGGCUCUCCCACUACAUGUCCAACCUCGAAUAUGAACUCGAAAAAGCAUUCUUUGAAAGAUGGCAACGAUAACGAGACCUUUCUUUCAUCUUACCUUGAUCAGUUUUUAAGUGCUAUCAAAAUUUUUGGCUAUUUGGAAAAACCAGUCUUCCAUGACUUGACGAAGAACAUGAAGACGCAAAAAAUGGAUGAGGGCGAGAUCUUACUGUUGGACAGUACCAUUGGAUUUGCCAUUGUUGUCGAAGGCACGCUGCAGUUGUACCAUGAAAUAGACCAUUCAGAAAAGGACCACGGCGACGAAACUGACCAUAGUGACACGGAUGGUUUUGACGAUGAAGAUGAAGAUGAAGAUGAAGAUGAAGGUGACGACGAUAAUGAUGAUGAUUUCGACAACAAGUCUUGUUCUUCCAACCCAAUCGAUGAAGAAGACGAAUCCGUCGGUUACAUCCGCCUGAAAAAUGGACUGGGGAAAUUUCAACUGCUGAAUACAGUCAAAUCAGGAAAUCCAUUGACAUCCCUCGUAAGCAUUUUGAAUCUGUUUACUCAUUCCAUGUCCUCGGAUAGUAGCAAUAACUUUCCCUCCGAGUUGUCCUCGCCCAUGGACGCUACCGUCUCGAGCAACAGUUUGUUUUACUCAUCGGAUCAAAACUUUCCAACGACGGAUUCCAUGACAAACUCUAGCAACGGCUCUCCAUCAUUCCCUUCUUCGAUUCCUAAACUUGUCGCUCGUGCGGCCACCGACUGUACGAUUGGUAUAAUCCCCCCACAAUCGUUUGCCAAAUUAACCGCCAAAUAUCCACGGUCUGCUUCUCAUAUAAUCCAGAUGGUACUCACCAAACUGUACCACGUUACCUUUCAAACUGCCCAUGAUUAUUUAGGUUUAACGAAGGAAAUCAUGGAUAUUGAGGUUCUAUUGAACAAAUCCAUAGUUUAUGAGUUACCUUAUUAUUUGAAAGAGGCUGUUAUCCGUAAGUUCAAAACUGCAGAUAAGACAAAUGGGCCAUCCGACUUAAAAUUGAAAUCCAAAAAUAAUAAAGGCUCUACCGAAUUGAAGAAAUCACCCCCCAAAGCCAAACCAACUGAUGAUAUCAUUCAAUCGCUUAAAAUUGCCAACGCCAAUGCCAAUGCAAGCUCAAAUUCCCUUUUACUAAAACCAGAAUUCAUCCACCAUCCAAGUUCAAGACAUGUUGUACUGGGUUCAAGAGACCAAUUCAAUCCUGGUGAUUUAUUGUCAAACGUCCCAUUGUCUAGAACUAUGGAUAUCAUGUCACCUAAUCCAAUUCACAAUAAUAACCGCACCAAACUAAAUGGUAUUAACACUUCUGCCGCAAAUCAACACAAGCGCUCCUCUAGAAGCAGCAGUAACAAUGCUUCCACCCACUCCAAGAAAUUUUCCUCCUUAUCACCUGAACUGCGCAACGCCCAACUUAGUACAUCGCCCCUGGCCUUGGAUAAUACUACUUCUCAUGACAAUGAGCAGUCAAGUCCUGUCCAUUUGAAGGGACGAGUCUCUCCAAGACCUAAUCUGCUACCAACGACAUCCUUCUCUGCUGCUCAAGAAGAAACCGAGGACUCUGCUUUAAGAAUGGCUUUGGUUGAGGCAAUGCUAACAUAUUUGGGUGUUAACAAAAGCAACAUGUCAGUUUCAUCUUCUUCGACAACAAAUAUGUCCUCUUUGAAUUCUCCUCAACUUAACGGAAUAUAUAGCCGCCGCCCAAGCGAUGUAAGUUUCUUGAUGAGCCCCAACUAUACACCAUCUGAUGUUUCUAUAGCCUCAUCUUUUGCCUCUCCUCAAACUCAACCGACUAUGUUACGAAUCUUACCCAAGGAAUACACCAUUUCCUCCAAUAAAAGGCACAACAGCAGAAACUUGAACAAAAAAAAGCCUAGAGCUUACAAAGAGGAGUUGACACCAAAUUUGGAUUUCGAAGAUGUUAAGAAGGACUUUGCGCAAGGUAUCCAAUUGAAAUUUUUUAGAAAAGGUACCACUAUAGUUGAACAAAAUGCUCGCGGUAAGGGCCUCUUCUAUAUAAUUUCCGGGAAAAUUAACGUAACUACAAACUCAUCCUCAUCCGUUGUGUCAGCAAUGUCUAAACCGGAACAGGUUCCACCUCAGGCUUCACGCAAAGGUGGAAAUUCCCAUCAUUCUCAACAUUUGUUAUAUUCUGUCGGGUCAGGUGGUAUUGUAGGCUAUUUAUCAUCUUUAAUUGGCUACAAAUCGUUUGUUAAUCUCGUUGCCAAGACAGAUGUUUACGUUGGUUUUUUAUCCAGUGAUACCCUAGAAAGGUUAUUUGAUAAAUACUUCCUAAUCUACCUACGGAUUUCCGAUUCAUUGACCAAAUUGUUAUCCUCUAGGCUAUUAAAGCUAGAUCAUGCCUUAGAGUGGGUCCAUUUAAGAGCUUCUGAAACGCUCUUUUCCCAGGGUGACUUGGCGAAUGGUAUUUAUGUUGUUCUUAAUGGUAGAUUGAGACAGCUACAACAGCAGUCGUUAUCAAACUCUAAUGCAUCUUCUGAAGAAGUUGACACUCAGAAUAUCAUUUUGGGAGAAUUGGCCCAAGGAGAAAGUUUUGGGGAAGUCGAAGUGCUUACUGCCAUAAAUAGAUAUUCCACUAUAGUCGCCGUUAGGGAUUCUGAAUUAGCAAGAAUUCCAAGAACAUUAUUUGAACUGCUAGCCCUUGAACAUCCAUCUAUCAUGAUAAGGGUUUCAAGAUUGGUGGCUAAAAAAAUUGUGGGAGGUAGAACUGUUCCAGCAUUAACAGAUGAUCCAUUAUCUAUAAAGGAAAGCGACUUCAGUUCAUUAAUUCCUCCAACGAAAGCUUCAUAUUCUAGCUCUUUAAGUCAUAAACCCCAAAAUAUUACUUCGGGAACAAUUACAUUCAGAACCAUCACAAUCUUACCAAUAACCAGCGGACUUCCUGUUGAAGCAUUUGCUAUGAAAUUAGUCCAAGCUUUUAAGCAAGUUGGAAGAACCACCAUUGGAUUAAAUCAAAGAACAACCCUAACACAUUUGGGUCGCCAUGCAUUUGACAGGUUGUCAAAAUUAAAACAAAGUGGAUACUUUGCUGAAUUAGAAGAAAUGUACCAAACAGUUGUCUAUAUAUCAGAUACACCAGUUAAAUCGAACUGGACAAGGACCUGUAUUGCACAAGGUGAUUGUAUCCUAUUACUAGCAGAUGCGAGAUCCUCAUCUGCCGAUAUUGGAGAAUAUGAAAAACUGCUACUAAAUUCAAAGACAACUGCAAGAACUGAAUUAAUUCUUCUACAUCCUGAGAGGUAUGUGGAACCAGGAUUAACCCAUAAAUGGUUACGCACUAGGCCAUGGGUUCAUUCUCAUCAUCAUAUUCAAUUUAGUUUGACGGGAACAACGUUGAUGAACGAGGGCAAAAUGCACGUUUUGAACAAUGGUGCAUUGGCAUUAAUGGAUAAGUUAAUUCAAACAGAAUUCAGCAGGAAAACUCAACAAAACAUAUCAAAAUUACUUCCAGAUUCUAUCAAGAACACGGUGGAGAAUUUCUCUUCGAGAUUCAUGAAAAGUAAAAGACAAUACUAUACUCCAGUUCAUAGGCACAAGAAUGAUUUUUUGAGAUUGGCAAGAAUUCUCUCUGGACAAGCUAUUGGACUUGUUCUUGGAGGUGGUGGUGCUAGAGGUAUUAGUCACUUGGGUGUCAUCCAGGCUAUUGAAGAGCAAGGUAUUCCCGUUGACGUUAUUGGAGGAACAUCUAUUGGUUCUUUCGUUGGAGGAUUGUACGCAAAGGAUUAUGAUUUAGUACCAAUUUAUGGUCGUGUGAAGAAGUUUGCUGGUCGAAUUUCCUCUAUCUGGAGAAUGUUAACAGAUCUAACCUGGCCUGUUACGUCAUAUACGACUGGUCACGAAUUCAACAGAGGUAUUUGGAAAACUUUUGGGGAUACUAGAAUUGAAGAUUUCUGGAUCCAGUACUACUGUAAUUCCACUAAUAUAACCGAUUCAGUUCAAGAAAUACAUUCCUUUGGUUACGCGUGGAGAUAUAUCAGAGCUUCGAUGUCCCUUGCUGGUCUUUUACCUCCUUUAGAAGAGAAUGGUUCUAUGUUACUUGAUGGUGGAUACGUUGAUAAUUUACCUGUUACCGAAAUGAGAGCGCGUGGUUGCCAAACUAUAUUUGCGGUAGAUGUAGGAUCGGCAGACGAUAGGACACCUAUGGAAUAUGGUGACUCUUUGAAUGGGUUUUGGAUCAUUUUCAACAGGUGGAAUCCAUUCUCUUCUCAUCCUAAUAUACCUAAUAUGGCUGAAAUUCAAGUAAGAUUGGGUUAUGUUGCGUCAGUAAAUGCUUUAGAAAAGGCCAAAAAUACACCAGGUGUUGUUUACGUUAGACCACCUAUUGAAGAAUAUGCCACUCUAGACUUUAGUAAGUUUGAAGAGAUAUAUCAUGUAGGUGUAGACUAUGGUCGUGUGUUUUUGCAAGGAUUAAUUGAUGAGGAAAAGAUGCCAUACAUACCAGGCUCCCAAGAAACCGCUUUGAAUUCUCAAGUUCCCGAGUUUUUAUUACAUAGAAGAAAUAGUAUAUGA